AAUGCCUAUUCUAGGACUCGCACCCUCAUCUACACCCAUUAAACCCGCUCAUUUCGACAUCGAGCGGGUCAUUCGACCAAAUAUUCUCGCUUUGCACCCAUACCGCUGUGCACGAGACGACUACUCGUCUGGAAUCCUGCUUGAUGCCAACGAGAACGCUCUAGGACACUCAAUAUCACCUGAAUUGUCUCCUGACACCAAAUCUAACGGCCACGCCGUCCCUGCGCCCGAAAUAGAUGCCCUCGAAUCUACGCUAGACCUUGAUCUUCAUCGGUAUCCUGAUCCGUCCCACCCCCUCAUCAAAUCCCGAAUAGCCUCUCUUCGUGGGCUGCCUAGCACAGACCAUGUGUUCCUGGGUGUAGGAAGCGACGAGGUCAUUGACUUGCUGAUGAGGGUCUGUGUGAAGCCGGGCGGAGAGGAGAAGAUAUUGACGACGCCGCCGACGUAUGGGAUGUAUGGUGUUUGUGCGCAGGUGAACGAUAUUGGGGUUGUCAAAGUGAAUCUGGAGCUUGGAGCGGAGCAGGGAGAGGGCGGAGAGAAGGGAAGGUUUAGUGUAAAGGUCGACGAGGUGAAGAAAGCUAUCGACGCAGACCCAAAAAUUAAACUCAUUUUCUUGUGCUCUCCGGGGAAUCCGACCGGCACACUCGUCUCCCUGAAAUCCGUCCGGGAGAUCCUCGACUACGAGCCGUUCAAGGGUAUCGUUAUCGUAGACGAAGCCUAUAUCGACUUCGCACCCACAGGCUCCAGUGCCGCUUCUCUCAUUCCCGAAUACGCGAACCUCUGCGUCAUGCAGACCCUCAGUAAAUCCUUUGGGCUUGCCGCUAUCAGGGUAGGAGUCGCGCUCGCGCAGCCUCCACUGAUCCAGAUCCUCACCAACACCAAAGCUCCAUACAAUAUCUCCACACCAACCGCGCACCUUGCCCUCCGUGCCCUCUCCCCCGCCUCCAUCACCUCCAUGCACACAAAACUCAACGCACUCAUCUCUUCCCGCUCCUCCCUUCUACAAACUAUAUCAUCCCUUGCUCCACUCGGCGUCCGACAGGCUAUCGGCGAACAAGACGCUAAUUUCCUCAUGAUUCCUAUUCUGGAGAAAGAGGGUGGAAAGCCAGAUAAUAAGAGGGCACAGAAUGUUUAUAAGACGAUGGCGGAGGAAGAAGGGGUGGUAGUCAGGUAUCGGGGAGGGGAGGCUGGAUGUGAAGGUUGCUUGAGGAUCACGGUGGGGAGUGAAGAGGAGAACAAGGUUGUGGUAGAGAAGUUGAAGAAGACGCUUGAGAUGUUUUGAACGCUACCAGCACAUGUACGUGAAGUUGAAUGUCCGCCAAACAUAGAUAAAAGGGCAAUGUAGCUUUAGAUGAGCCCAAAUAUCAAGUACUCGAUAUUUUUGAUGCGUACUAU